CAACACCCAAAAAGAUAAAUUAGGGAUUUCGAUCUCUUUCCUAGUAUCCGGUCGUCUGACAUCCAGACUCCCGUGGGUUUCUGUCUUCCUCCUUGACCAUGGCGGCCGAUAACAGCACCUCGGCUCUGGGUCACCGGCUACGCUCAGGUUUUUUGCCUUGCAGCUCCAGCAAACGAGCGCGGAUACAUUCAGCUGAAGUAUACCCUCCGAUCUGGAAACUGGCAGACGAUCUCCUCGUAGAGGUUCUGAUCCGCGCUCUCCCAAACCCUAGGUCCGCCUGCCGGUGCAAGCUCGUCUGCAAACGGUGGAGCUCUCUCAUCUUCAACCCAGUACGGUUCAAUCGCCGUUUCGUUUCUUACCACCGGAGCAGGAACCAACAACCUCCUCUGCUUCUUCAAUCAGAGGACCCGCAAUCGAUCAUCACGAGCUUUCUCCCUAUGAGCCGUCUAUCCCGAAUGUGCUUUGCAGUAAUGGAUUCCUACAAGGACCUGGUCUUAUGCGGGUUUGACAAUGUGGGUCCAACCAGCGGCGAAUUGUACAGAACAUACUUCCUCUGCAAUCCGUUUACCAAGCAAAGGCUCGCCCUCCCUUUGGCGCCUGAACUGCCAGCAGGGUGCUCGUAUUUCUUCGCAAGGUUAGUUUGUGAACCCCGCAUUUGUAAUGAUCUCGAUCUAGGAGAUAACCAAGUCUUUGCUUAUUCGUCCGAGUAUCGAUUCCGUGUUGUGCGCCUAUACCGGCGUGGAUCGACUUCAAAGCUAGACGUGUUCUGUUCGGAUACUGGAGAAUGGACCAAGGAUCGUCUUGUACUUCCCAAUCACUACCAAUUCAUAGUCAGAAAUGUGGUUUCCUGCAAUGGGGAGCUGUUCUGGAGUUAUGCUGUUCCGAACCAAGAUAAAGAUGCUGUCCCCCGGACGAGAUCUUUCAUUGCUGCCUUUAAUCCUUUCCACCCUGACAUCCCUCCCACUGCCAUUGAUGCUCCGGAAGUGUUCUGCAAACCCGGGUGGGAUAUCUCGGUUUCGCAAGGCGCCUUGCACGCCAUUGCGUUUGAAGAUCUACUUCGGGCUGAUCGUUCACAGAUUGCAUCGAGUGUUUGGAGACUAGAACAAGACCGUAAGUCUUGGAGGAAAGUAUGUGACGGGCUGCUAAAGAAGUCGAGAUUGUAUGAGCUUCACCACUUCCUUCGGCCUUGUUUGCAUCCAGAGAAGCCGGAAGUUUUCUUCCUCAAACAUCGUGGUGAUGCUGGUGUAGUAUCUGUCUUGUCCUGCGAUUUGAGGACAGGGGGAGAGGUGGAGCUCUUCGCAGAAGCAAGAGUAUUCUCAAGUUAUUGGAACUUGUUCCGAGUUCAAUUCUCUUGCUGGCCUACUUCGAUCCCAAGGUAUAACGAAUUGCGAGUUAUGUACGAUGGAAGCUGCAGCUGUUGGAUUCAGAGCAACAACGGAACCGACAACAACUCUUUCAAUACUUGGUACUUAUUACUGCUUGUGACUCUAUGCUACUGUUAGUUCUGCACUAAUGAAAAUGACUAGUAAUGCACGAGCAAUGAAAAUGAGAGCCAGAAAGAAAGAAAGAAAGAAAGAAAUGAGUCAUGUGAGGACUAGAUAUCACAGAGACAGUUUACUGUAUUCUUCCCUCAAUUUUCUUUAUGUGGCCUGCUUUCUGAUCAUCGUUUACGUUGUUGUUGCUUUGUUUGCUGAACCAACAGAUGGAACAGGAGGUGCUGAAAGGCUCAGAUCCGAAGAAGGAUGAUGGUGUUAGAAGGAACUUAUUAUCUAUCUAUAUAUCUGUGAAGUUAGGGGGAAGGAGCUGAUCAACUUGUAUGGUGUGUUUGGGAAGUGUUGGGUUUCUCUUCUAUCGUUUUGGUCAUAAUAAGCUCUUUAUGACCCUUAACUAUGGCUUCCUAGCAAUAUGCCCUUGUAUUAAAAUUUCUAACUUUUGUACCCUUCAACUGUACUAAAAUCGAACCCAUGGCGGAAAAUGUUUACUAUUCUUAUUCUUCUUGCUUUUGCAGAUACCAGUUGUUUGUUAUUAUUAACUUUCAACCUGAGAGUGAGAUAUCCAGGAGUUCAGAUUGGCACAGAGUCUGGAUUAUUGAGACUACUUCUACUUAUCUUAUUUAUCCACUUUCGUUGAUCAGAUAUUGAAUGAUUUCAGAUGUUGUAUGGGGUUGCUUGCUUUGUUUAUUUUAUUACACUCCACUUGCUCUCAUAAAUUCUUUUGACAUUA